ACCUUCUCCUUCCUAACUAUAACCACAUUUCAUUCCACCAAAACAACCAAACGUAUAUCAUAUUCGUUCCUAACGCCCAAUAAGUUUAUAUAGAAAUUCGUAGACAACCAUGCCAUCGCCAGGAGAAGCCGAGCUGCCGAAGAUCUGCUGUUCAGAGUGCUUGGCGCAGAUUAAAGCGGCGUUGCAAAUUCAUCAGGGCACUCCAAUGACUCCAGAAGAAUCCCCAAAUGAGACUCCUUUGGCCGACGAUAAUGUCAUCACGGUCAUGGGGCUGGAAGACAACAUAGACGAAGACCAAGAGUUGUCCGAUGACAGUAUCAUCGUGAUCAUGGGGCUAGAUGAGGACAUAAACGAAGACCAGGAGGCGUCUUCCCAGGGAGAUGACAACAAUGCUUUCCCCGAGGAACCGCCAAAGGAAAUUUAAAACUAUUUUACCAAAGAAAACCCCACAAAAACUACGAAAAAUUUAAAAUGUUCCUUCGUUUUGUUGCAGUCUGCAGGAGGAUCACCUAUCUAUCCACUGCAGCUGCCCAUUCCUCUCCGAGAAGUUAUGAUUUACCAUCGGGAGUGCUGCAUGCCCCUAUUACAGAACCGAUUCCUAUUGUUUUUACUCAAGAAUGGCAACCGAAUAAGAAAUGUACUUUUCGACUUCCUACAUAAACGACUUUCCCUCGACUUUUUGACCGAAUUGUGGUAUAACCUAUUCUGGUCAGCACGUCAGCAUAAACCAAAUUGAAGAAGAGGUUAUAGGUUAUGGAUCAUAACCUAGUAAUGCGCCGUUUUUUGAAAAGAUUGAGCGAAUAAUGUGCUACCCUGUAAUCAACAACUUUCCCCUGGAACCGGAGUAUGCUCAUGUGGAGGAUUAGAAAAUGCAGCGGUUGCAAAUGGACCAUUGCUUAGUAAAGAAAAUUGAGGAAAAUAAAUACAAAUAUAUAGUAUCACCCGUAAAAUCUUAGAUUAAA